AUGCAUGGACGCGUCAAGGUGCGAACGUCUGCAGAGCAGGCGGAGAUCAAACGCAAGGAGCGGCAGAAGCAGGCCCAGCAGUUUGCCGCUGUCAAAAACAAGAUCUUCACUCUGAGGGCGGAAGGAAGCCAUGCACCGGAGGCCAUGGACAUGACGGCCCGCUUGCUUGAGCAGAACCCGGAUGUGGCUACGCUCUUCAACUACCGCCGCGAGAUCCUCCUCCACAACAAGAAAGACAUGACGGAAGAGGAGUAUGCUGGGAAGAUUAAGGAGGAGUUGCAGCUGUCCACCACUUGUUUGAAGCGCAACCCAAAGUCGUAUUCGGCGUGGCACCAUCGGCGUUGGUGCGUGCUGCAAGUUGGUGGGGAAGAUGUCUUGCAGCAGGAGCUUGCCCUCACCACGCGCUACCUUGGCCUUGAUGAGCGCAACUUCCACUGCUGGGACUACCGCCGCUUUGUUGUUUCGCAGAUUCCACCUGAGGCGCAAGCCAAGAUUGACGAGAAGCAAUUCGCCAAGGUUGCAGCUGACGUGGACAAAGUUGUUGAGAACUUUUCAAACUACUCUGCGUGGCACUACCGCAGCAAGCUGCUGAUGGCGGAGCACAGCGUGCAGUUUGGCCUCGAACUUCCUGCCGCUGUGUGGAAGGAAGAGCUUGCGCUGGUGACGGACCCCAUUUUCAUUGAUCCCGUUGACCAGUCGAGUUGGAUCUACCUCCAAUGGCUGCUCACCCCACGACCCGCACCUGCCCGCCCGCGCGUUGUGUUCCUCCACAACCGCACACUUGUCAUUGUCUGUGAUCAGCCCGUCAAGGUGGCUGAUGCGAUCACCAUCACCAGCGGCGAUGAUGGCGGUGCGCGCGUGUGUGUGCAGUCGUCGUCGUGCGUUGGGCGGUCUGGCGCCGUGUGGACUCUCCAUCUCGCAGAGCACUGCCCCGCUGUCACCAUCACAGCAGCGGAGUGCGAUGGCAGUGAUGGGUCACAACCACCACUUGUGACAGGUGCAAUUGAGGUGCGCCAGGAUGGGCUGUGGCGGAGCGCCGCUGCUGCUGUUACUGCUCUGCCCGAGCGCGUCCAGGGCGUCGUCGACAUGCUGCUGGAGCUCUUGGCGGAUCUGACCGAGACGGACAUGCGCGCGUGUCUGCAAACGCUCGCGUAUGCGUACACGACGCACGUGCCAGAUGCCGCCGACACGAAGCGGUUGUGUCUGCAAUGGUUCACGCAGCUGCAGACGGCUGAUCCUCUCAGGCGCGGAUUCUACAGAGAAAUGUGCAGCAGGUUGAAUAUCGCUCAACAGUUGAGUGAGGCUGACGAUGACACGACGCUCUCGCUGUCCUCCCUUCAUCUCUCUUGUUUGGACGGCAUUGAGUCUGCAUGUCACGCCAAAUACGUCGAUGUCAGCGAUAAUGCUCUCACAACCCUCGCACGCCUGAGUGUGCUACCACGAGUCGAAUCAGUGAAUGCGAGCGGAAACCACAUCUCCACGCUGGAUAUGGCCUGGUUUCAAGGUCUCUCGAGUCUGCAGCGCGUGGACGUGCGCAACAACCCCAUCACCUCCGUGUGCAACGCAGCCACCGCCGCCCCGCCAUUGCCGCGUGUUGAGGUCCAUAUCGGCGGUGGUGCUGUGCAGGUGUCUGCUGAUGUCGUUGAUGCACUGAAGAGUGCGGGCUGGACCGUCAUCGUCUAG